GAUACUUAAAACUUUCUCUCUUAUUUUCUCUCUCCUUCUCUCACUCUCAAAUCUAUCUGUGAAUCCUUAUAUACACAUAAACAACAUCUUAUUGUCUGUAUUUUCUAUAUGAUAGCAUGGAGAGAGCAAUUUUCAGCUUGUUAUAUAUCUAAGAGAUACAUAUAUAUACAUAUGUAUGUAUGCAUCUGAAUUGCGUUGCAGCAGAGUUGUUCAGACAAGCAAUCCAUGGCUAGAAAGCGACUUGGAGAAUAACCCAUCAUCAUCAUCAUCAUCAUCAUCAUCAUCUCUUCACGAGAUAUUUUGCUUUUGCCACUCACUGCCUCCUGUUUAUUGACAAAUCGUGUUUAGUUUAUAUCCAGAGCUGGGGAUUCUCUAUUUCUGGGCUAUACCCUUUGCUGCUCUUUUUUUUUUUUUUUUUUUUAUUUACCCCUCCCCAAUCUUUCAGAGUUGCAAAGUGGUCACCCUCUGAAAGAGAGCUAUAAGAAUAAAGUGAAACAACAUAUAUCAAACAAAACAACGAUCAGGGAUCAGUUUUCUCCUUGAUUUUUUCUUGCUUGGAGUUUUCUUCUUUCUCAGCUGUCAUGUUUCCCACAGCUAUGUCCAAUUCCACUUCUUUGUCUGAAGAAGCUAGUACCACUGUUUCUUCUUGUACCAGAGUUGUUCAAGACUUUUGUGCCUUAAUCCCUAUUGUUUCAACCAUUUCUCCACAGCAGCAACCACAAAAUAUCAAGAAGAAAAGAAGCCUCCCAGGGAAUCCAGACCCAGAUGCUGAAGUGAUUGCUUUAUCUCCGAAGACACUAUUGGCUACCAACAGAUUUGUGUGUGAGAUCUGUAACAAAGGUUUCCAACGAGAUCAGAACCUUCAACUCCAUAGAAGAGGCCAUAACCUUCCGUGGAAACUGAAGCAAAGAAACAACAAAGAGAUCAAAAAGAGAGCUUAUGUUUGCCCUGAACCUACAUGUGUCCACCACCAUCCUUCAAGGGCUUUAGGUGAUCUUACUGGCAUUAAAAAGCAUUAUUGCAGAAAACAUGGAGAGAAGAAAUGGAAGUGUGAGAAAUGCUCAAAGAUUUACGCUGUUCAAUCUGAUUGGAAAGCUCAUACUAAGACCUGUGGAACAAGAGAAUACAGAUGUGAUUGUGGAACCCUUUUCUCUAGGAAGGACAGCUUCAUAACUCAUAGGGCAUUUUGCGAUGCAUUAGCUGAAGAAAGUGCAAGGCUUUCCGCCAACCAACUCGCCGCGGCCGCCGCCACGAAUCCAGCUCUCCAUCAUUUGACAUCCCAAGCCAACCCCACCACGAAUCCUUCUUCUCUUUUCCCCUUUGAAACCCAUAUAUCUCUCAACCCAUGGGUAGACCCUACUCAAACAUCUAACCCUAACCCUAAUAACCCACUUCAUGUCAAGCCCGAGUCUCACCAUUUGGCGCCAUUCUUCCAAGAAGCGCUGCAGCCUCAAAAGACGCUCAUCACCUCACCCUUACAAAGCCUCCACGUCAGCAACAACGCUCCAUCCAUUGCUGCUGCUGCCACGUCGACCUCUCCUCACUUGUCGGCCACUGCGUUGCUUCAAAAGGCUGCCACCGUCGGUGCAACCGCCACGCAGAUAAACAACAAUAACAACGGCAUGGAUUUCUUUGGUUUCGCGUCCGGGAACCUGGCCACGUGGCAGAAGAGCAGCGACCGUUUCACCAGGGAUUUUCUAGGUUUGACCGGAGACCACCAUCAGCAUCAUGGUGGUGGCGGCGGCAAUGGGAAUGUUAGUGUUAGCAUGAACGUGAAGGAUGUGUUAACAUACGCGGGGGAAGUGGAGUUGCAGCAGCACUUUGAGAGAGAACACUCGCUGUUGAAACCCCAAGGUUUUGGAUUCGCUGAGCCUGCCUCCGAAACAUGGGCUGAUUGUUGAUGCCGAAAAAAAGGGUAAAAUAUAAAAUAAUUUAGAGGAAAAAAAGAAAGGCAAUGAUAGUAAACCAUAGAGUCGCCUAUGACCAUCUCCUCUUCAGGGUCUUUUUCUUUUUUUCUUUUUUCUUUUUGGAGUUGAAUUUCCAAAAAAAAAAAAAAAUUAUUUGCAUUUUGGUUAAAUUAAUUUUGCCUUUUUUAUUAUUAUUAAAUAUCUGGACUAGUGUUCAAUGGUAUUAAAGCUGUGUUUGUGCCUA